GUCUGAAUUUACCGAAUUCUAAGAUACUAGCUUUUCAGCAGUUUCUUGAAAGAAUUACCGUAAAUGUUGGGGGCAUGCCAAAGGAUAAGAAUCAUCGCCUUUUUGUAAAAGAUUACUAUGCAGAUCUUGACUUUGAUCGCGAUGACGACUUGCACGUCAUUCUAUUAAAGACCAGCAUGUUACGCACACGUCGGCAUUUGGAGAAAUUGGAUUAUACGGUGACGUCUAAUCCGUAUACCUUGGAUAUCCCUAAUGUUAUGGAUUUCAACACAAUCAACCUUCCCUAUGCGGCUUUGCUCGAACCUUCAUUUAUGACUCGUGGUCACGAUGUCUUCAAGUUCAAUGCAAUUGGCGUACUCCUUGCUAGACAAGUAUUUGCAGCAUUUCAAGCCUCGGACGCCGACUACAAUUGUCAGAAUUUCGCUAUUUUCCUACGGUCCUUAAAUGAUCUCGAUACAUUCACCAACAAUGAAGUGCUCUGCGACGACGACCCAUACGUUAAACAUAUAAACUUAAUGAAUUUGGAUCUUGUUGUCCUAAGUUUGGUUCACGAUGCCUACUUUUCCACGGAAUCAGGAUUUGACCAAUCGCAGCCUUUCUUCACCGAUGUGCCGCUGAAACAGCUUUUUAUUUUACAAUUUGUUCAGAGGUUCCUACAUCGUUCCACUGCAUUUCGUUCUUUCAACAAUAUUCUGGUCACUAUACCUGCUUUCGCCGAGGCCUUUAAUUGUUCGAGCUCCUCGUAAACAGUUAAAGUUGAAACAUUUUUAUUUUAAAAUAUCACGC